AAUAAAUAAAAAAACUAAUGGGAUUCCUCUCUCUCACUCUCCUAUGAGACCGUUCUCCGCCAAAUCCCCACUUACACUACCACCACCACCACCACCACCGUCACCGCUUUCUUCAACAAUGGCUUUCUCCUCCGGCCUUCGCUUCUCUUCCCUCCUCCGCUGCCGUCUCGCUUCUCCCGCCUUAUCCUCAUCUACUCACUUUUUCAGGCUCCGCCGCACCCUCCCGGACUUCCGAUUCCUCUCUACUGCUCCUCCUUCACGGAGAGUCCGCCCCAUCAAGUCCCGCCAGAGGGACGAGCCCGUCACAGAUUCUUCUGGGUCCAUGGGCCCGAAUGGUAACGGCAGCGUUCUGCUCAAGGACGGGUCUGUAAAUGAUGGUAGGAUUGUGCCCACUGAGCUCCACAAGGAAGCCACUGAGGCCUAUAUGUCUUACGCCAUGUCGGUUUUGCUCGGCCGGGCUUUGCCGGAUAUUCGUGACGGUUUGAAGCCGGUUCACCGCCGGAUACUGUAUGCAAUGCAUGAAUUGGGACUUGCAUCGAAGAAACCAUUCAAGAAAUGUGCUAGAGUUGUUGGAGAGGUUUUAGGUAAAUUUCACCCGCAUGGAGACACUGCUGUGUAUGAUUCUUUAGUGCGAAUGGCUCAGGAUUUUUCCUUACGGUCCCCACUCAUUCAAGGGCAUGGCAAUUUUGGCUCAAUCGAUGCUGAUCCUGCUGCUGCAAUGCGUUACACGGAGUGCAGAUUAGAUCCACUCACAGAAGCAAUGUUACUGGUGGAUUUAGAGCUUGAUACAGUUGAUUUUGUUCCAAAUUUUGAUAAUUCACAAAAAGAACCAUCACUUCUUCCUGCCCGGCUACCAACUUUAUUGUUAAAUGGUUCGUCUGGGAUUGCGGUUGGCAUGGCGACCAAUAUUCCUCCUCACAAUCUUGGGGAGUUGGUUGAUGUGCUUUGUGUGUUGAUUCAAAACCCAGAAGCUACACUGCAAGAAUUGUUAGAAUACAUGCCAGGGCCUGACUUUCCAACUGGAGGAUUGAUCAUGGGCAAUAUUGGCAUCUUAGAGGCAUACCGUACUGGGCGAGGACGUGUCGUAGUCAGAGGAAAAACUGAUGUUGAAUUGCUUGAUUCUAGGACAAAGAGAACUGCAAUUAUCAUAAAAGAGAUACCUUACCUAACCAACAAAUCUGCUCUAGUGGAAAAGAUAGCUGAACUUGUGGAAAAUAAGAAUAUAGAUGGCAUAAGUGAUAUCAGGGACGAAAGUGACCGAACUGGAAUGCGCAUUGUUAUUGAGCUCAAACGGGGAUCAGACCCUUCAAUUGUUCUAAACAAUCUCUUCCGGCUUACAUCUCUUCAGUCGAGUUUUAGCUGUAACAUGGUGGGUAUUCUCAAUGGACAACCAAGACGAAUGGGUCUGAAGGAAUUGCUGGAGGCAUUCUUAGACUUCAGAUGCUCUAUUAUUGAGAGACGUGCAAGGUUCAAGCUUUCCCAAGCACAGGAUAGAAGACACAUUGUUGCGGGUAUUGUUGUGGGGCUUGACAAUUUGGAUGGUGUAAUUUGUAUAAUAAGAGAAUCUUCGAGCAAUGCAGUUGCAUCAGCUGGUCUAAGAAAUGAGUUUAAUCUUUCUGACAAACAAGCUGAAGCUAUAUUAGACAUAAAUUUAAGAAGACUUACACUUCUUGAGAGGAAAAAGUUCGUCAGUGAAAGUGAAUCCCUAAGGGAGCAAAUUUCAAAAUUAGAGGAGCUUUUGUCAAGCAAGAAGAAUAUAUUAGAGAUAAUUGAAAAAGAAGCAAUUGAGUUGAAGAACAAGUUUUCCAAUCCAAGGCGAUCAAUAAUAGAAGACUCUGAUGGUGGUCAACUUGAUGACAUAGAUGUUAUUCCUAAUGAAGAAAUGUUACUGGGCUUCAGUGAAAAAGGUUAUGUUAAGCGGAUGAAGCCUAACACUUUUAAUCUCCAAAAUCGCGGGACAAUUGGUAAAUCUGUUGGGAAAUUGAGGGUAAAUGAUACCAUGUCUGACUUUAUUGUUUGUCGAGCACAUGACCAUGUUCUGUACUUCAGUGAUAAGGGAACAGUAUACUCAGCUCGUGCAUAUAAAAUUCCAGAAUGCACUAGGACAGCUGCCGGAACACCAUUGGUUCAGAUCCUAUCUUUGUCUGAAGGCGAAAGAAUUACAUCAGUUAUUCCUGUCAGUGAGUUUUCUGAAGAUCAGUUCUUACUGAUGCUUUCAGCGAAUGGAUAUAUCAAGAAAGUAUCUUUGAGCUCUUUCUCAUCUAUCAGGUCGACAGGAAUCAUAGCAAUUCAAUUGGUUCCUGGAGACGAGCUAAAAUGGGUUCGCUGUUGCUCAAAUGAUGACCUCGUUGCAAUGGCUUCAAUGAAUGGUUUGGUCAUUCUAAGUGCUUGUGAUAAUAUUCGAACACAAGGCAGAAAUACAAGGGGUGGAGUGGCCAUGAGACUUAAAAAAGGGGAUAAGAUGGCAUGUGUGGACAUUAUACCUGCAGCAAUGCGCAAAGACUUGGAAAGGGUGUCUCUUCAGAGCAAUCCUAAAGGUGUCAAUGGUCCAUGGUUGUUGUUCAUAUCUGAGAGUGGAUAUGGAAAGCGGGUUCCUUUGAGCAGCUUUCGUUCAUCACCCUUAAAUAGAGUGGGUUUGAUAGGAUACAAGUUUGCUGCAGAGGACCGCUUAGCAGCAGUUUUUGUGGUUGGAUUUUCAUUGGCAGAGGAUGGUGAAAGUGAUGAACAAGUGGUCUUAGUAAGUCAAAGUGGUACAGUCAACAGAAUCAAGGUGCGGGAUGUCUCUAUACAAUCUCGCUACGCAAGGGGAGUUAUUCUGAUGCGGUUGGACCACGCUGGGAAGAUUCAGUCAGCCUCAUUGAUCUCAGCAACAGAAUCCGAGCCAGAGGAAGAAGUCGCGGCUAUCUCGGUCUAGGUCUGCGCCGAACAAUUUUGUUUUCUCGUUGAUUAGAAGAAAUUAUCUUGAUCCUCCUGGCCUUUGGGCGUUGUUCCCCACUAUAUAAUAUUUAUGUAAAUGGCCGUAGAGGAUACAAAAUAGGAGAUUUAUGUAGGCAGUAGCAGUACUGAUGAUGAUAUUGAUUGCAGGCAAAGAUGUACAGGUGAUUUUUUUAUUUUCGAGUUUGGAGACCAUUAUUUAUUCUAGGAUAGGGAAGUUAAUUUUUCCCAUGCGUGUUGUAAUUUUUUGCCCCUUUUCCUCGCCCAUUAACUCCAACCAGAAGAUCCCAUCAAUCUAUUCUACUUUGGCCUCUCUUAAA